UGUGAAAGACCUUGGGGCCCGCCUCUGCCAAUCACAACAUGCCGACCGUCCCUAGUUACACCUCUAAUUCACGUCUUCAACGUAAUUUAUUACAGUACAGAUUUAGGAUAAUACGUAACAGAUAAUAACAAUUCAUGGUUUAUUUGGAAAGUUGUACUCUGUAAUCUUUUCCUCUGCUUCAUCUUCCCCGUCACUCUUUCUUGAUAAACAACUCUUAUUUAAUUUGCACCUCUCUCCAUUUUCAUCAUCAUCCCAAAAGCUUAAAGUAAGGUUGGUUUCUGGGUUAGUUAAUUAGCAAACUCUUCUUCUUUAAUUUCUCUGUUAUUGUUCUUAACAUUUCUUUAAUUCUGAUUUUUAGUCUUUCCUUGAGAGACCACAAACAUAAUGGCACAACUGCUGCUUCACGGAACGCUCAAUGUCUCUGUCUACGAAGUUGACAAGCUAAAGUCGGAUUUCCUCCACAACUUUUUUCACAAGGUAGUGGAAGGCGUUGAACAUGUUGUGGGCUUUAACAAGACAGGUUCCAGACUAUAUGCAACCAUUGAUCUGGAAAAGGCAAGGGUUGGUCGAACCAGGCUUCUGGAUGAGCACAAAAAUCCCAGAUGGUAUGAGUCUUUCCACAUAUACUGUGCUCAUAUGGCUUCCAAUGUUGUCUUCUCCGUCAAAGUGGACAACCCCAUCGGAGCAGAGCUGGUCGGGAGAGCAUACAUGCCUGUUAAAAGGCUCAUAGAUGGGGAAGAAGUCGACGAGUGGCUCCCUCUGUUGGACACCAGUCGUAAUCCCAUACGUGGACAUUCCAAGAUCCAUGUGAAGCUCCAGUUCUUUGACGUCCAAAGAGAACGCUGUUGGGGGCGUGGACUGAAAGCAGGACGUUUUCCUGGUGUUCCGUACACGUUUCUUCCCCAGCGACAAGGCUGCAUGGUCACUCUAUACCAAGAUGCUCAUGUUCCAGAUAAUUUCAUACCGAGAAUUCCGCUUUCCGGAGGAAAGUUAUACGAGCCACAUCGCUGUUGGGAGGACAUAUUCGAUGCGAUUACCAAUGCCAGGCAUUUGAUAUAUAUAACAGGAUGGUCUGUGUAUACUGAGAUCACAUUGGUGAGGGACCCGAGGAGGCCUAGACCAGGCGGUGACGUCACUCUCGGUGAGCUGCUAAAGAAAAAAGCGGACGAAGGGGUUCGAGUUCUCAUGCUUGUUUGGGAUGACCGGACUUCGGUUGGGUUGCUCAAAAAAGAUGGACUAAUGGCUACUCAUGAUGAAGAAACUGGGAAUUAUUUUAAGGAUAGUGAAGUGCAUUGUGUGCUAUGUCCUAGGAACCCCGAUGAUGGAAGGAGUAUAAUUCAGGACAUAGAAAUUGGAACCAUGUUCACUCACCACCAAAAGAUUCUGGUAGUCGACAGGGAAAUGCCAAAUGGAAAUGAUGAGAGGAGAAGGAUCGUGAGUUUCAUCGGUGGGAUUGAUCUUUGUGACGGGCGAUACGAUUCUCCGCUUCACCCACUUUUCCGGACACUCAACACGGCCCACCACGAUGAUUUCCAUCAGCCGAACUUUGAAGGUGCAUCGAUUAAGAAGGGCGGGCCAAGAGAACCUUGGCAUGACAUUCAUUCGCGCUUAGAGGGGCCAGCGGCUUGGGACGUGCUCUUCAACUUCGAGCAAAGAUGGAGGAAACAAGGCACUCAAGGUUUGCUCGUUGACUUGAGAGAUCUUGAGGGAGUCAUCAUCCCACCUUCGCCCGUGACGUUCCCAGACGAUCAGGAAACGUGGAAUGUUCAGGUCUUUAGAUCAAUCGAUGGAGGGGCCGCUUUUGGUUUCCCCGAUGCACCCGAGGACGCGGCCAAAUCCGGCCUUAUUAGCGGGAAGGACAACAUAAUCGACAGAAGCAUUCAAGAUGCAUAUAUCAAUGCCAUUCGCCGUGCGAAAAGUUUCAUUUACAUAGAGAACCAGUACUUCCUAGGAAGCUCUUAUUCUUGGUACUCUGACGAUGUCAAGGAUGAGGCAAUCAACGCUUUGCACCUCAUUCCGAAAGAACUGUCAUUGAAGAUUGUAAGUAAGAUUGAAGCAGGAGAAAGGUUUACAGUGUACAUUGUGGUCCCGAUGUGGCCAGAGGGAUAUCCAGAGAGCGGUUCGGUGCAGGCGAUUCUUGAUUGGCAGAGGAGGACUAUGCAAAUGAUGUACACUGAUAUUGUUCAAGCGCUCAAAGCCAAAGGCGUCAUCGCGGACCCCAAGGACUACUUGAGUUUCUUCUGCCUUGGCAAUAGGGAAACAAAGAGAGGAGACGACUAUGAGCCUUCUGAGAAACCAGACAAUAACACAGACUAUAGCAGAGCUCAGGAAGCAAGAAGAUUCAUGAUAUAUGUUCAUGCUAAGAUGAUGAUAGUGGAUGAUGAAUACAUAAUCCUGGGAUCAGCCAACAUAAACCAGAGAUCGAUGGAUGGGGCACGUGAUUCAGAAAUAGCGAUGGGAGCCUACCAGCCACACCAUCUAUCUGUGAGGCAGCCAGCACGUGGUCAGGUUCAUGGGUUUCGAAUGGCAUUGUGGUACGAGCAUUUAGGCAUGUUGGACAACAAAUUUGAGCAUCCCGAGAGCGUUGAGUGCGUUAGCAAGGUAAACCAACUGGCCCAAAACAACUGGAACCUAUACUCUGCCGAGACGUUGGAACAUGACCUGCCUGGCCAUCUGCUUAGUUAUCCAAUUGGAGUAGCUGAAAAUGGAGAAGUAACUGAGCUUCCAGGAUUUGAAAAUUUCCCGGAUACUAAAGCACGAGUACUCGGAACCAAAUCCGACUAUCUUCCCCCAAUUCUCACUACUUAAAGAGCUGAGUUUUUUUUUGUGAUUCAGAUAUACUGUUGUAAGGUUUCAUCCAUUGUGUUAUCAGUGUGAGGUGGACAUCUAUUGUGUGUUUCUAUGAACCAAAUUGGCGGAUGAGUAUCCGACUACCAUGUAAAUGAUGUGAGAUAACCAUUCAAAAGCUUGUUUGAUAUCCAUCUUCUGUAUUUUUUAAAGCUAAACUCAAGAUUGUAAAAACAACUAAUUGUAUUCAGAUUUUGUUUGGAGUAUUCAGAAGUAGCCCAAUUAGGAUAAGUAUAAUUACUUUUUAGUUCAUUGUAUCAUUAAGAGUUAAAAUUACAUUCUUCAUUCGACAUGCCAUUCUACUGAUUGGCAGGCAGCUCUGGACAUUUAUAAGAGAUGCUCCCUUUUUAAAAAAUCACUUUGCUUCUUCUGCAAUUUAAGACUUCUU